AUGAAGCGCCAGAAUGUCCGUACACUUUCUCUUAUCGUCUGCACACUCACCUAUCUCUUGGUUGGAGCGGCGGUUUUCGACGCGCUCGAAUCGGACAACGAAAUGCAACAGAGAAGUCUCGUGCAAAAGAUUCGCAAAAUGCUUCUCCAAAAGUACAACAUGUCCGAAGCGGAUUACGAUAUUUUAGAGGCAAUCAUCGUGAAAAGCGUGCCACAUAAGGGUGGCUAUCAAUGGAAAUUCAGCGGCGCUUUUUAUUUCGCUACCACCGUCAUCACGACGAUUGGUUACGGUCACAGUACGCCAAUGACAACAGGUGGAAAGAUUUUCUGUAUGUUGUACGCGUUGGCCGGGAUCCCGCUUGGACUUGUGAUGUUUCAAAGUAUCGGUGAACGAAUGAACACUUUCGCCGCACAGCUAUUGCGCUUCAUUCGUCGGAUAUCCGGGCGAGCGCCAGAGGUAACCCAGGGCGAUCUGAUUUUCAUAGCCUCGGGCUGGGGCACUUUUCUGAUUGUGGCUGGCGCGUACGCCUUUCAACAAUACGAGGGAUGGUCGUAUUUCGAUUCGAUUUACUAUUGUUUCACCACACUAACGACAAUCGGCUUCGGCGAUUUCGUAGCCCUGCAAAAGGAUGGCGCUUUGCAGAAAAGGCCAGACUACGUGAUAUUCUCCUUAGUUUUCAUCAUGUUCGGUUUGGCGGUGAUCUCGGCGGCGAUGAAUUUGCUUGUCUUGCGGUUCCUCACAAUGAAUACCGAGGACGAGAAACGAGACGCGCAUCAAGCUCUUCUCGCCGAACGGGGUCUCAUCCAAGUUGAUGACUCGUCAGAUGAAGAAGAGACCGCUUUCGGAGCACGACUAGAUGAAGACAAUAUAUCGGUUUGUUCUUGUUCUUGUUAUCGGAUUCCUUAUGGCGAGAUCCGACAAAAGCAACGCAUUCAACGAGACUCAAUUCGAGUGGACCGAUUAGUUGGCGGCCCACUCUCACAACCAUCUCCACUUCUUCAGAAACCCCAUCAACAU